GCCCCGCGGGAGGGAAAGGCAGGCAGGCCGGCGGGCAAGCGAGCGGACCGAGUACGCCAGGUAGUGCCCGCGCUGCGUCGCCCGCCCUCCUUUGCUCGCCCCGCCUGCCUUAGCCCAGCUCGGGAGGGCGGAAGGACUGAGGCUACAAUGAGGAGCUUACUGCCCGCAGGGAGAGACUGAGGAGGCUGGAUUUACUGCGAGAAGGGUGGGAGGAAGCCCUAGGAAUGAACCGGGACGGACACCCCGGCGGGAGUCUGUGAGCAGCGGAGCGGGCGUCCCAGCAGCUUGAGGUUUUGAGGCCACAGAACAUUUGUACAUGAGGAGGACCUAAGCCCAGAGAUGGAAUUUUGGUUUGUGUUGGUCUUCUUGGGGAUUUUCUCGAUGUCUGAUUCUGCCCGAGGCCCUCCCAGGAUCUCCGACCGUGUGGCCCCCAGGCAGUCGGCAAGGCUGGGAAGGACCAUCAAACUCCUGUGCCCUGUGGAAGGGGACCCGCCGCCCCUCACCAUGUGGACUAAGGACGGACGCACCAUCCAUAGCGGCUGGGCCCGUUUUCGGGUCCUCCCCCAGGGCCUGAAGAUCAAGGAAGUGGAACGAGGGGAUGCUGGCACCUAUGUGUGCAAGGCCACCAAUGGCUUUGGCAGCCUGAGUGUCAAUUACACGCUCAUUGUGAUGGGUAAGGAAACUGAGGCCCAGGCAGAUGAUGUCACUAUGGGGAAGGAGAACCCAGGACCCGAAGGCUCCAAUGGUGACCAGGAAGAUGCAUCUGGCAAACAGUGGGCCCGACCUCGAUUCACCCAGCCCUCUAAGAUGCGGCGGAGGGUGAUUGCCCGACCCGUGGGCAGCUCUGUACGGCUCAAGUGCGUGGCCAGUGGCCAUCCACGGCCAGACAUCAUGUGGCUGAAGGAUGACAAGACCUUGACACCCCAGGAGGUUGGCGAGCACAAGAAGAAGAAAUGGACACUCAACCUGAAGAACCUGAAGCCAGAGGACAGUGGAAAGUACACAUGCCGCGUCUUUAACCGUGCUGGCGAGAUCAAUGCCACCUACAAAGUGGAAGUCAUCCAGCGGACCCGCUCCAAGCCCAUCCUGACGGGCACCCACCCAGUGAACACUACCGUGGACUUCGGCGGGACGACGUCCUUCCAGUGCAAGGUGCGCAGUGACGUGAAGCCGGUGAUUCAGUGGCUCAAGCGGGUCGAGUACGGCACGGAGAGCAAGUACAACUCCACCAUUGACGUUGGCGGCCAGAAGUUUGUGGUGCUCCCCACCGGGGACGUGUGGUCCCGGCCCGACGGCUCCUACCUCAACAAGCUGAUGAUCACCCGGGCCCGGCAGGAGGAUGCGGGCAUGUACAUCUGCCUCGGAGCCAACACCAUGGGCUACAGUUUCCGGAGUGCCUUCCUCACCGUGCUGCCAGACCCCAAGCCCCCCAGCGGCCCUGCAGCUCCCUCAUCAACCAGCAGUCUGCCGUGGCCAGUGGUGAUUGGCAUCCCAGCCGGCGCAGUCUUCAUCUUGGGCACCGUGUUGCUGUGGCUGUGUCAGACCAAGAAGAAGCCGUGUUCCCCGCCCCCAGCAGCGCCAGGCCACCGGCCACCCCCUCGGGACCGGGCUGGCUUGGCUGCCAUGCCUGACAAGGACUGCCUGACCUCAGGGCACUACGAGGAUUAUGGGGUGGGGGGUCAGCCCCAGCUGCCCCCCCCAGCACAGCAGCACCUGCUGGGCCAAGGCCCAGCCCCCACCACCAAGCUGUACCCUAAGCUCUAUACAGACAUCCACACCCACACGCAUACCCACUCCCACUCCCACGUGGAAGGCAAAGUUCACCAGCACAUACAUUACCAGUGCUAGGUGGCGACGGCCAAGGAGGUGGGUAUUCGAUAUCCUGGCUCUACGUGGCGGCAGGUGGGUCAGCGAGGCCCCUUUGCGGGGGGGCACCCCUGCCGGGACCCAUACCGACCCCUCAUGGGGCAGGAGGUACAGAGAGACAGAGCCACAGAGAUGUGGGAGGAUGCCGAGUGAGCUACAGAGUGGACAGAGACUGAUGCAAAUGCAACUUCCAGGACAGAUCUAGAGACACAAAGAGCUACAGAAACAGACAUAGACGGAGCCUCAGAAAGAGAGAAUCUAUAUAAAGAGUUCUAUUUUUUUUUUUGUGACAUUGCAGUGAAUCUAUAGUGAUGGAAUAAUGAAGGAAUCGUCCUCCCCCCUGCCCCUGCUCUUGCUCCAAGGCAAUCAUCCUUGAUUGAUGCUUUAAUUGCCUCCACCCCAUCUCAAACCCCUCUCCCUGGCCCCUGAAGUGGUAGGUGCUUUGUCAGUGGGUUCCUGGCUUUAAAGAAACAAAAGAUGCCCCUCAUCCCUUCAUCCCCACCUUGUUCCACGCCCAGACUUGUGGAGAGAGAAGGAAGGGAUUUGAUCUCCUGCAUGGAGCAAUGUGCCCAGCCCUGUGCUGAGGCCAGAUAGGGAGGAGAGGAAAGGCUUGUUCGACUUCCAGCAGGCCAACUCUGGCCUGGUGCCUUGGGGGGUGUGGGGGGAAGAGUCCUGGGAAAGGCCAUUGAGCUGUGGACUCUCUGCUAGCCCCCAACAUGGCGCCAUCAUCCAUUGGGCUCUCCAGACUUCCCCUUCCCCUCUCCCCCCGCCAUCCCCUUUGCUAUUUAUAUUUAUGAAAUUAAGAAAAUAAUAAUAAUAUUAAUAAUAAUAAUAAAAAGGAGAGCCUUCCCAAGAGUGGGCAAAGGCCCUCCAGGGUCAGCAGCACUGACUUCAGUGCAUCCCUUGUGGAAUGGCCAUCUAUCCUAGAGAUCGCUCCAGCUGAUGACUGUAACCCUGGGUUGCCCAUUCUAGAGCCAAGGCUGAGCCCUUGAGAGGGACACAGGGCCCACUUAACCACCUCUUCUCCGUUGGCCGUAGCUGGGCGUUAAUGUAAAGGAAACACCCUCUUCAGCCUAGAGAGUAUCUAAGCAGGGGCCAUGUGUGUUUAAUUUAUUUUGUUUAACGUGGUCAAACGAAGUAUGUGCUUUUUGUACAAGCAGGUUUUUCUGUCUGUCCAUCUGCCAGGCUAGAAGGGCAGGCCUGUUUGUGUGUCUGCCACUCCUGGGAGCCCAGGGUUGCUGCAAUCUCAGAGUGAGCACGGUUCCAGCAGGUGGGAACUUAACUAGGUUCAUCCCCUCUGAAGCCUGGAUCCUUGGGGAAUGACGGGGAAGCAGAGUCCAGGCCAGGACAGAGGAUCUGAACCUGGCCAAAGGCCUUGCUUCCUCAUCCUUCCCCUUUCCCCGCCUCAAACAAACAAACAAAAGUCAGGCAAAUUUGGAUUUGGAAAAUUUACAUGACUUUGUGAUUCUUCAAAAACAAAGAAGUUGUUCUCCCUUCCUCUCCCUCCCCUAGUCCUGAAGGAGACAUGUUGCCAAUUUUUCCAGGACAGGGAGGAGUGAGGGGUUGAUUGGGAGUGGGCUGGGCUUAGCCACUAGCUCAUGGGUUUGAGGGCCCAGACAACAUGGGCAAAGCCUCCCAAGGGGGAUGCUACUGAAGUCAAGGCGGGGACUCUGCCAUCUACCAGGAUCCCAGUGCUAGAUCCCAUCUCCCACCAAGGCUAGAGUCCAGACCCCAAAGAAAGAGAAGGCUUCUUCCUCCCCCCCCCUUUCUGAGCCAUGCUGCUACUUUCCCCCAACACCUUCUCAUCUGUCUACUUAUUUGCUCCUCAGAACACCCCAUGUGAUGUUGGUAUUAAUCUCCCCAUUUUGCAGGCAAGGCAGCUGAGGUACAGAGAGGGACUGAGGUCAUAUAGCCUGCUUUUUGCAGGAACUUGCGAGCCAGGCCUCACAGUCCAGGCUUUUCCCACAAUAUCAAAAAAUGUAUAAGACAGAAAAGUAGAUGUGACCUCGGAUCAUUCUGAUCAUGCCACUGUUUCCUCUUGAUUUCAGCCUCCCACCCCCCACCCCUCACUGCCCUGCCCCAGGCCUUAGGAUGGUACUACUAAAACUGUCUUAGGCGUCUGAACCCUUGAAAAGAGACAAGUUUGGCAGGUAGGAGAUUGAGGUCGGAGGGGAGGGUUGAGAUCGUAUGAAAUGGGGGAGAGGAGGGCCUGUGUUUUUUUUUUUAAUCCGAAAUAUUUCAAGAGAAGAGAAUGUAUCAGGAGGCAUAAGCAGGCGAGGGGGUAUCCAGGAAGCCCUCCCCAUAGCUGCUAACAGCUCAGGCAGGUAUUGCUUGCCCUUAGUACAGGCCAUGAGAGGAGCCCACAGGAUGCAGAGAACUUUGUCUGACCAUCAGCUACCCUUAGCCUCCAUUGGCCAAUCUGUUGCACCCUAAACAUGAAGUUAAAAUGGUGAGUUUGUAUGUAUGUAUGUGUGUGUGAAUGCGUGUAUAUGUGUGUGUGUGUGUGUCUAUGUGUCUGUGUGUUUGUGUCCAUGUCCGUGUGUAAGCCCCACCAUCCGUGUUGAGACAAUCGUGUACAGUUGGCCCCUUCCUGUUCGAUGAAAGCUUUAUUGAACAUUUAUCAAUAAAUGCGUGAAGCUA